UGAUGAUGAUCGUGUCUCUUCAUCGAGGUGGAGAACAUUUUUCCCAUUCCCAAUGUCCAGGCUCUAUUAGUUCGGUUCGGUCGGUGCUGGUGAGUGGAAGCAGUUUUUAGGGCUUUUGCUCGUGCGGUGAUAACUCCGGAAGAAUAGGACUACAAAAGGGUGGCCGUGUUAUUUGUAAUUGUGAUCGAAUUAUUGUUUGCGCGUUGAAUGGCGUGGGAAUUUUAGUGUCGGUUCGUUCGUUCAUUGACUAGUGAUUCGUAACGUCGAUUUGUGGAAUCUGAAGGUUUUUGAUGAUCGCCAAUUAGAUUGUGUGAACAGAAAUGAAAAUAUACCGCAGCUGCUCGAUUCCACAAAAAUCCUAAUUGCCCUAGAUUCUAGAUUGUUUUUCCAUUAUUGCUGCUUCGGAGAGCCGGUUCUUCGAACGGGUUAAACAAACUCAGUGCUCUCACUGUGGUCUCCCGGCCGAGUGCUACUACAAUUCUAAUAAAGUUGAAGAUCAACAAGCGACCGAGCGAUAAAAAGAAAUCGCUCUCACCAUCAAGAAUUCAAAUGAGAUGCAAAUUCCGUCAGUGAUAAUGCGAUUAUUAGUGAUUUUAAGCGCUACGCUGGUGACCGCCUCUGUACGAGCUGGCACUCUGGUGUCCCGAUCCGAUUCCGAUGCUGUAACGGCGUCGUUGUUGUCGUCGUCUUCAUCGCCGGUUGUUGGCGGAGGAACCGGAAGUGUUGUUGGAGGCGGUGGAGGUGCAGUGUUGUUUUUGAGGCGGCCCUCGGGAGUGGCGGCGCCCAGCAACGUGGGAUUGCCGCGGCAAAGGUCGAUACAGGAUGGCAACUUGUCGCUUGGAGCACAGUCUACAACUGGUGGGCAUCCUUCGAUGUCUGCUGGAGCAGUGCCGGAGAAAAACGUCUACCGAACGAAGCUGUCCAAGCUGAAGCUGAUUCUGUUGGCCGACAUGCUGAACGAUAUUCCACCGCCGCUGGAAUUAAUCACUUGCCUGGCGAACUCAUCCGCGCUCAACGUUACCACCAAGCACUGCGCUUGCGAGACGUAUUCUUGUAAAGAUUUGCUGACUUCAUCGUCGAGUUCGUCACCUUUCAACUCGGUCAAUCAGAGAAAAAUACACACAUCGUGUCGUGACUAUUGUUGUCGGAAGAAGAAAUUCAACCGUUCGAUCGACCCUUCGGUGCAGAAUGCCGUGGCCGCGACGUUCCGUCAAAAAGCAACCACGUCUUCGUCUUCGGAUAAAUUCGCAACCAAUGGCGAAGGGAAGGCGACAUCCCCGUCCAUGAGCUCUCCAUCGCCAGUGCAAGUGUCUCAACCGGUGGAACGCCAAUCAUCUGCACGGCGAAGAUGCGAAGGUAGCACCGUUAAUCAAAUUGCAAUUUCGAGCAACGAGAUCUACAGCAUCGGAGACCCAACCGGAUCCAACCAAGCUCAUCCGGUACGGCAGCCGCAUCAGCAGCAGCAAAAUCUUCCCUGGCUCUACCGGGUGAUUUUAAUUGAAAAGGGACUCACAAUUUGCGCCGGCACGUUAAUCCACCCGAGCGUGUUGCUAACCACUGCAGUCUGCGUAAUAAACAAAAAUCCCGACCAGUUAAUUGUACGGCGUCAGUCAACCGCAAUCAACCGAAUGGCCGCCGGUGACGAGCAGUCGCGUGCCAUUAGAAGGAUAGUCAUACCGGAUCAGUACGCGACGACGUUCGAACGGCUGGAAAAUAAUGUUGCCCUGCUUGUUCUGGAACAGGACAAAGGCAAACAACAAGCACCCGAUGAGGAAGAUAACUCGGUGUUCAAACAGACUCUCUUCCGCAACAUCAGCAGAACCGCUGGCCUAGGCAACCCUAUCCCUCCGGUGGCCAUUGCUGCUCCGUCCAUCAUCCGGCGCCAGCAGGCUGUGGGAGAACCGGUUGGAAAUCGAAGAAACAACUCUUCGCCGCCCCCGACACAGUAUUCUUCUUCGGAGAGCUCCCAUCAGUCUUCCUUCCUGGUAAAUGCUGCACCGAGUAGCCAACCGGAAUCGUCUUCGUAUAUUUGCUUAUCAUCAAUUAUAAAUCUUCCUUCGCCGGAAACGUCCAAUAUUUGUCAAACUUACUCUUGGAGGAAACUUCGGAAAAGUACCAGGUCGCCAACUGGAACCGGAACUACAGGAAGCCAACGGAGGCGUCGGCAAAACCACCAUCGAGGAGCAGUACGACAGCAAAACCGAGCCGUGCGACAAAACCGAACCAAUGGCGGCGGUGACGAUGGCGCUAAUUACAUAACGGCAAAUAUUAGCAUUUUUCCGGCCAAUGGAAGCGAGUGCCGCCGGGAACACCGGGACUAUCUGCAACACCAGGGAAAUCUGUGCGCCGGACCGGAGGAUAGAAGCCGUAGCUUGCAUGUGGAGCUGAGUGGAUCCCCACUGAUUUGCACCGAACGAAACGACGACGGCACGGCCCAGGUGGAACUACGCGGAUUACUAACCUGGUCGACGGACAUCAACCGGGCACCGCAUCUGUUCACCAACCUGACCACCUACCGGAGUUGGAUCGAAGACGAAUUGGAUAAACUGGAUCAGCUGGAACUGUUGCAGCAAUCGUCGUAAUUAGGUUUAGUUUUGCUUGCUGGCUGACUCGCGGUAAUCAUCGGGUUCGGUCAGAGGUGUCUUCUAGUGAGAUUGAUUUUUAUUUUAUUAUCUAAGUGAUACGUGAUAAGUGAAUUUGCGGGGCAAUAAAAUUGCUUUUUAUUAUUCGUGAAUA